AUGGUGAAUGCCCCUUUCUGCUUCGUAACACUGCCAUACAGCGUAGACAGGCGUCUACAGGGAUCAACGUGGAAGCAACAGCAGGACAGGAUCAGCAGCAAAACGAAGAGCGCAAGGAAACGGCAGCUAGCAGAGACGCCGCAAACGCUGAAAGCUCAGCAACGGACGGAGGAUAAGCGCUCGGGUUCUAUGCGUCCUUGGCCAGUUCUUCGCUUCAUCAAAGACGCUACCUUCUUCUUUAACCCUUUUCGGGAUCCAAACGCUCGGCCAAACCCGACGGAAAGACUUGUUCAGCAGCAGGCGAUGCCGCGUGCGGACCCAGAACGAGCGCCGGGCGGACUUGUACUGGUCGCUGGGGCCACUGGCCUGCUCGGGAGACGCGUCGUAGCGCAACUGCUUGCUGCUGGGUACUCGGUGAGGGCUCUAGUUCGUUCAGAGAAACGGGCGGAGCAAGCACUUGGCAACUUGAAGUAUCCAAAGUCGAAGCUCGGGGAACGCGCUGCACCAGGGACUCUGCAGCUGCUCUUUGGCGACCUGUAUAACGUUCCACCCGAAGGUGUUCAGGAUGUGACUGCCGUAAUCUGCUGCACUGGUGUGAAGAUCGGUCCUCAGGACGAUACUCCUGAUCGUGACAAAUACGGCCAAGGAAUCAAGUUUUACGAGCCAGUAGUGCUCGAGGACACCCCCGAGAACGUGGAAUACCGGGGCGUGCAGAACCUCGUGAGCUGCGCACGGGACGUGCUCGUUAGCGGCCAAAAGAUCGUACUGAUGGACUUUGAGGAUGCGGAGACAGCCGCGCGGCAAUGGGGUCCGGUCGACGACGUCGUCAUGGGCGGAGUGUCAGCGUCGAAACUGAGCUUCCCCGAACGAGGCAUUGGUCGCUUUUCAGGCCUUGUCCGCACGGAUAAUUUCGGGGGCUUCGCUUCCGUGCGAACGCUGCCUUUCCAGAUGCCACUCAACCUACAAGGCUAUGACGGAAUUGAACUCUUGGUCCGCGGCGACGGCAAGCGCUACAAGUUCAUCAUACGCUGCGAUGAUCGCUGGGACGGCAUUGCCUACUCAUGCUCAUUUGAUACCGAGGAUCAUCGCUCGACAAAAGCAUGCCAACGAAUUCGUCUGCCGUUUGAGCGCUUUGUGGCGGUAUUUCGGGGAUCCACCAGGCCGAAUGAGCGUCCACUGGAUCGGAGCAACAUCCAGGCGUUCCAGAUCAUGCUGUCGAAGUUUGAAUAUGACGGGGCGUUGAACCCUGGCUUCAAGGCCGGGGAUUUCUGCCUCGAGUUCCGCUACAUCGGUGCAUAUCGGGAUGUGCUCGGAGCAGAAGCAGACAGAGUGCGUGGUCAUGGGGCACAGGUGGUGGCUGGCGGCACCGCAACUCAACGUCCUCGGUUCAUCCAUAUCUCAUCGGCCGGAGUGACUCGGGUGCUGCGUCCGGACGAGUUUCCGGAUCUGAGCAAGGAACCUCCCGCUGUACGGAUGAACGCACAACUCGGCCGUGUACUCGAAUGGAAGCUCGCUGGUGAGGAUCUCGUUCGCAGUAGUGGGAUUCCGUAUACCAUCAUUCGCCCGUGUGCGCUCACGCUGGAGGAGGCGAGCGGGCUUUCCGCUUUGCGCCUGGAGCAGGGUGAUUGGCUUCGUGGCCAGGUCUCUCGUGACGACGUUGCAGCGCUGGCGGUGGCCUGCCUCGAUGAACCCGCCAUGGAGGGCAAGACGGUCGAGGUGGCAACGAGUGCGGCAACUGAGCGUCCGACGAUGCAUUCGCUUCGUGAACGAGCACUGCAGCUGGAACGUGAUCAGGAUGCAAUCCAGCGCAAGUUUGCUCCGUUCCCUUACGUUCCGCAAGGCUCAUAA